CAGAGCUGACUCGUCGGAGCAGCCGUGCUCGGAGCAUUCCUGGAGCCAAAGCUCUUCUGCACAGAGGACAGAGCAGGCAGCAGAGACCAUGGAGCCCCCCUCAGCCCCUCCCCGCAGAGGGCGCGUCCCCUGGCAGGGGCUCCUGCUCACAGUCUCGUUUUUAACCUUCUGGAGCCUGCCCACCACUGCCCAAGUCACUAUGGAAUCUGUGCCGCUCAAUGUUGUGGAGGGGAAGGACGUUCUUCUACUCGUCCACAAUGUGCCACAGGACGCUCUAGGCUACAACUGGUACAAAGGGGACAAGGUGGACAGCAACUAUAGAAUUGUAGCAUAUGUAAUAAGCACUCAGGUAAACAACACAGGGCCUGCGUACAGUGGUCGAGAGACAAUUUACCCCAAUGGAUCCCUGCUGUUCCAGAACGUCACCCUCACAGGAUACUACACCCUACACGUUACAACGGCAGAUCUUCAGAAUGAAGAAGUAACUGGACAGUUCCGUGUGUACCCCGAGUUACCCAAACCCUCCAUCGCAAGCAACAACUCCAGCCCCGUGGAGGACGAGGACUCUGUAGCCUUAACCUGCGAACCUGAGACUCAGGACACAACCUACCUGUGGUGGAUAAACGGUCAGGGGCUCCAAGACAGUGACAGGGUAGUGAUGUCCCUGGACAACAGGACCCUCAUUUUACUCAAUAUCUCAAGGAAUGACACAGGACCCUAUGAGUGUGGAAACUGGAACCCAGUGAGUGCCAGCCGCAGUGACCCAGUCACCCUGAAUGUGCUCUAUGGCCCCGACGUCCCCACCAUUUCCCCCCCAGACUCCAAUUACCAACCAGGUGCAAACCUCAACCUCUCCUGCCACGCGGCCUCUAACCCUGCUGCACAGUAUUCCUGGCUUAUCAAUGGGAGUCUCCAGCAAACCACACAAGAGCUCUUCGUCCCCAACGUCACUGUGAAUAACAGCGGAUCCUAUGCCUGUGUGGCCCACAACUCUGCCACUGGCCGCAAUACGACCACAGUCAAGAUUAUCACAGUCUCCGAGACACAGCCAGUGGCACAGCCCUCCAUCCACGCCAGCAGCAGCACAGUCACAGAAGACAAGGACUCCGUGGUCCUGACCUGCCUCACAAGUGACACUGGAAUCUCCAUCCAAUGGAUCUUCAAUAACCAAAGUCUACAGGUGACAGAGAGGAUGGAGCUGUCCCAGGACAACAUCACUCUCAGCAUAAACCCUGUCAAGAGGGAGGAUGCCGGGGAGUAUCAGUGUGAAGUCUCCAACCCAGUCAGUCACUACCGAAGUGACAUCUUCAGGCUGACCGUGGAAUAUUCUUCAACACAAGGAAAUUCUCCUAGCCUCUCGGCUGGGGCCAUUGUUGGCAUCGUGAUUGGAGUCCUGGCCGGGGUGGCUCUGAUAGUAGCCCUGGUGUAUUUUCUGUAUUUCAGGAAGACUGGCAGGGCAAGAGACCAGCAUGAUCUCACAGAGCACAAAUCCUCAGCCUCCAACCACAGUCAGGACCACUUUGACAACUCACCUGACAAGAUCGAUGAAGUUGCAUAUACCACCCUGACCUUCAAAGCCCAGGAACCAACACAACCAACUUCAGCCUCCCCAUCCUCAACAGCCACAGAAACGGUUUAUUCAGAAGUAAAAAAGAAGUAAUGCAACCUGUCCAGCUCACUGCACUGCUGAUGUCUUCCAAAUCUCUCACCCUCAUCUCCAGGAGAUCCCAUUACCCUCAGGGGAAAAGGGAAGAAGUCUCCCCCACCCUUUCUUCCCUAAUAGGCACCUCCUGGCUGCCUGGUCGCAGCCGCUCCCUUCAAUGUCAAUACAUGAAAAGGUACAUCCGGGAGUCUGGGAGUCUGUAGGAAACCAACCUUGUCAUUGAAAUUUGGCAAAGCCAACUUGGGACAGAGUUGCCAGAACCUCCCCACCCCUCCCCCUUUCCCCUACCUGGACUUGCUUUAAACUUAUCUAUGUAGCACUCACUCAUUCCUUCCCACCCCAGUCCUGUCCUAUCAGAGUCUAACUUGAAUUUGCCAUAACCUUGAGGUUAUGCCCUUCUCCACUGAAGUACACGUGCCAGAAAAGAAGAGAGAGAGGGAGAAAGUAAAGGCAGUAAUGGCCUCUCCUCUCUCUCCAAAGCCUGGUGUGAACCCACCAUACCCAGAAAAUCAAACAUAUAACCAAUACUGACCUUGGAAAUUCUACACCUUUGUCCACUGUCAGGGUUGUCUACCUACAGGAUCAGGGUCUAGGCACCUUGCUGCUUACCUAAGCCCUUUGGUAAACCUGUCUCCAGAGAACCCGCUAGAACCAACUAGGAAAACUAUUUGCCAAGGUCCACAGGCGAUUCCUGAUGGAAAAUGCAGAAGUGCACAAAUGUUGUAUUAUCUUCCGAGGGCAGAUGGGAUCCCGCGCGGUCAGGGCAGGGCAGCCGCAGACACGUUGUAAUAUCUUUAUGGGCUUUAUUCAAGGACGUGCUGAAAGAGGGAGGGGUUACAGCUUUAGGGGGAAACGAGCCUUUAAUAGACACAAUCUGCUAGGAACUCGGUAAAUGAAUCAGAGAGCCACCCUUCAGAGAUUAUUUAAAUUAUUGUUUAAAAGUGCACAGUUCGAGGUAUUGAGGGUUUUCUCCUUUUUUCUGCCAUUUCAAUUUUUGUAACUGUUUAUUUAUGUGAAAAGGGUUAUUUUUACUUAGAUUAGCUGUUAAGCCAAUCUGACUGCCUUGGGUGAAAGAAACCACCCAAAUCCCUCAGGUCUCUUGGUCAAGAGCCUCUCAAGGCUUUUUGUCAGGGGCUCCAAAUAGAAAAUAAGAAGAGGCUUCCUCGUUUGUGGCUAUAAAUGGAUCUAACUCAGUUUCUAGGCACCUCAGACCAGUCAUCAACUACCAUUCUAUUCCACGUCUCUACCUGUGCAUCUUCUGUCUGCCCACUCGCCGUCUCAGGAAACCUUGCCUCCGCUAAGGUGUAUUUGGUCUUUGAGAAGUAGGAGCACCCUACAGGGACACUAUCACCCACGCUGGUGGCAUUGUUUACAACUAGAAGGCUGUACUGGUGCUAAUACCCUUGGGAAACAGGGCUGUAAGAGGGUGUUAGGGCAUGAAGGGGCUUGUUAUAACUCAGCCCUAGGCAUUUUGAACAGCCUCUGA